AUGGAUGCAGAAACUGAUCCGGCGGUGACGGUAGCUUUCAGACCUGCAAAGAGGAGAAAAUUUACAAGAAACAGACGCGCUUCUGAGAGCGAAGAGUCCGAAUCCCAACCAGUCGGUACCGCUUCUCCAGAACCCAAUCCAGGGGCUGUGAGUGUCCAUGUCUCUGACGUGGUUCGUCUCCGCAAGAACAAGAGUCGGAAGAAUGGAAUCGAGUGCUCCAAUACAAGGACUCGGAGUUCCGAACCACCUCCUUCAUCUACCGACCUCGCAACAGACGGCGGCGAUGGGGAAGGACUAAAGGCUAUAUCUGACCGCUUCGUCACGCAUUCUGGACAGGUGGUUGAUGUGGACAAGCAUAUGGUCGCUUAUAUAGAAUCCGAGAUGGCUAGACGUCGUCUUGGUCAGGCUUUGCCUGAGCCAUCGAACACCAUGUCUAACACCCAUGACCUGGACGCUGAAGAUGCUGGCCCGUCCGACAUGCCCACCUCACAACGCCAACCCGCUGCUCUUGGCAAGAUCCACGAGAUCGAUCUCGGAAGGGAUGCCUCGCUACGCAAUCAGCAGCGAACAGAGUUAGCCAUGCGCAGAGCUCGGGGAGAAGAAGUCCCACCCGAAGAACCGGUAGUGGCGAAGAAGCCCAGGCUUGGCCGCAAUGGCAAACCGCGACGGGGGCCGAAGCGGAGGAACAGCGACGACGUCAAACGCGACCAGCUGGUAGAGCAGGUCCUGCACGAGAGCAGACUUGAAAUAUAUGACGAGCCCGAGCCAGACCUUCAGGAAGACAAUCUCAACGCGGACGAUCGAAUAGCCGAGCAAUUCAAGCGGGAUUUCAUUGAUGCAAUGCAGGCAAGACACCGCAACCGUACGGCAGGUCAGCCGAAACCGCCGAAUGUCAAGCCCGGUGAGCAAGUACAGCGAGGACCAAAACUGGGUGGAAGCCGGAGUGCCAGGGCUGCCAUGAGAGAGCAGCAGGAGAAGGCAGCCAAGAAAUGA